AUGUUUGGCUAUUAUAACAUAGUUACUCUCUUCGGCUGUUUGGCACAGCUUGCCGGUAUCACACUUGGCGUUUCCACGGGCAACGAUGGAGAUUCCAAGUGUAAUAAAGCCGAUUUUAAACCGGAGGGGAUAUAUGACUGUACACGACAAAUCAUGAUACAUGACACCGAUUCUGAUACACUACAUAUCUACACCGAUGAGGAAAUUCUCAUUGCAAAUCCUGAACAUGCAGACAAGAAAUUCGAGAUUAGAAGGAUAAAUAAUGAUGCCGGAAAUGCGGGGGUUUCUCUUCUAUACGAUGUAGAUGGAGUAGAUCCUACCGUGUGCUUAAUGUCGAAUUUUCCAUCAGACACCGCCAAUCGGGCUUUUUGUGUGAAUUAUACGGCGGCUUCAACGUGGAAUCUGGAAUGGUCAAAUGAAUGCGAGCCAAACAUGAUGUAUAUACAAGGCUCUGAACCUGUGACUUCCAUUAUUUCUUCUGAUCACGGAGGAGCUGGGUUUCCGUUUGUAACUACUUUGGAAUGUACGCGGGAAGAGAACUCCGACUGAAUGAAGAAUCGAGUGGUUUUCCGAUAGCUUGUUGCUUUCUACACCUUCCGGCCUAAUUCUAGUACGGCAUCAUACAUUUUAAAAGAAUGCUGGACAAAAAUAAAUAGUUGGUGAAUACAAGG